GGCCAGCGCUGGUCACGUGACCCCUCUGUUUACCAAAAUGGUGAACGUCUAUGUUUUACAAAUGAUUCCCGAUUCUUUUCGAAAUCUGCUCGUUCACCUGCGAUAGUCUUGCUAAAUGGAAACGGGGUUAUGGUGGUCAUACCGUUAACAGUAAUAUGUCGUAGGUGAACAGUACUAGCUGCUAUCGUUACAGCUGAAUCGGGUUCUGCUCAGUCACGAACGAUUCCAGCGAAAGUUUGAAAGUGGUCGUACGAAAGUGUCUUCCGCGUAUAAUAUCUUGGCAAUUAUUAAUCGUGCGCGUGAAUCGUUGCAACUUACCGUGAGCAUUUCGAUAUGUGCACGCUCACGGUGCAAUGACUGCCACGUUAAUUGCGCGAUGCCUUAGAACCAAUUAAACCCCUGGAACAGUGCUGUUUUUUUUUUUUAUCUUCCAUUUCUAGACGUCAGAAUCUUAUUGUUUCAUGUAAUAUCUCCAAUAGCAAUCAUUGCUGCCUUGUUUUGUCUUGCUCGGUGUCAGCAACGUAACAUUGCCACUUUAUUUUCCAAAGGGGGUGACCGAAGUUCCGCAAGGCCUAAUUUCAUUGCUGACAAUGUUGAAUGCACGGCAUUACAGCGAUUACAGAUGAUCUCUGAUGUAGGUUAGUGCGAUCAAGGAGCACUUUCAAAUAGGACAUCUAAAUGUCAGAAGGUGUCCUAGCGUAGCGUUUCAUGCUUUGGCCAGGCAUUUUUAAAAAUGGCCACGUAUCAAGUUGACUACCAGUGGGCUUAUACCAUAAUGGAUUCAUCUAGGAUAUCCACUUUCCUAAUAUCGAUUUUAUUGAUAGUCUAUGGCAGUUUCCGAUCUCUAAAUAUGGAACAGGAAGCUAGAGAAAGGGAGAAAGAAAAAGAACGUAGUAAUUUAUUGACUGGAAUAUUGAGUAACAGUAGCACAGCAACUGCGGAUGGUGCUAAUGGAAGAGUUCAAACCCUAAAUACAAUGCAUGCUCUCUGUCUACCUCUCGGUGCUUCCAUUUCUCUGCUUGUCAUGUUUUUCUUUUUCGACAGUAUGCAGAUGCUCGUGGCGAUUUGUACAGCUAUUGUAGCUACCGUUGCAUUGGCAUUUCUUCUAUUGCCUAUGUGUCAGUACAUCAUUAGACCAUGCUCAGAUGGUAAUAAGAUAUCCUUCGGUGUUUGUGGAAGGUUUACAGGUGCAGAGUUGCUUUCAUUUUCUCUGAGCGUCAGUAUAGUAUGCAUCUGGGUGUUAACCGGGCAUUGGCUGCUCAUGGAUGCAAUGGGUAUGGGACUUUGUGUGGCAUUCAUUGCAUUCAUAAGAUUACCUAGUCUGAAGGUAUCCACAAUACUGCUGACUGGGCUACUGAUUUACGAUGUCUUCUGGGUUUUCUUUUCAUCCUAUAUAUUCAGCACAAAUGUAAUGGUUAAGGUAGCAACUAGACCAGCGGAUAAUCCAGUAAAUCUUGUGGCUAGAAGAUUGCACUUAGGUGGUGUAGCAAGAGAAGCACCAAAACUUCCUCUGCCUGGAAAAUUAGUUUUUCCAUCGAUGCAUCAAGCGGGGCAUUUUUCAAUGCUAGGACUCGGCGAUGUUGUGAUGCCUGGUCUCUUACUUUGUUUCGUCUUACGAUACGAUGCAUAUAAGAAAACGCAACUAUUACCUGGUGGUUGUGAAACGGGAGUUCCACCACCGCGCCACAUUAAUCGCAUUAGUUAUUUUCAUUGUUCCCUGAUCGGUUAUUUUCUUGGUUUACUUACUGCUACUGUAAGCUCUGAGGUGUUCAAAGCUGCGCAGCCUGCCUUAUUGUACCUUGUGCCCUUCACCUUAUUGCCGCUACUUACGAUGGCGUACUUGAAGGGGGAUUUACGUCGGAUGUGGAGUGAACCAUUCAUAUCUCAACAACCUUCUAAGCACAUGGAAGUUUGACAAGAGUCAUGAGUUUGUGUAUAUUACACGUUAAGGAAGGAAAACUGUUUGUAUGAAUCCUGUUGUCACUUAUCAUCAUGCCCUUAUUUUUAUGAAUGUCAUUUAAUGUAAGUAAUUUUUUUCUAUACGCGAUACGCAUCUUUUAAUGCCACGAUGCAAAUUGCAGUUACGCAUUUAAAAAGUAAUGCGUGUAAUUUGCAGUGUAACUAAAGGUGUAACAUAUUAAGAAAUUGAUUUAAUGUAAUAUUAGGAAUGCAACAUUAGCAGUGUAAAAGUCUCUUUUCUAAAUUGGAAGACGAAACAGUUUUCUAAAAUCGUAUUUAGAAUAUUAAUCGCUGCAAAUACAUUGUUGGUAUUUUUUUCGUGACAUAAAUUUAAUGUUGAGUAAACAAACGGACUAUAUAUAGUAGGUAAAAUAAACGAUAUCGAUUAUUGUCUUGCAAUUUAGUAAUUAUACUUAAACGUGUUGUGAGUUUCACUUAAAAAAUGACAUUUUUUUUUUAGUUUUACAACGAGAUUAUCAUACAAAUUUUCAAUGAUUUAAAUGCAUUGUCCUCUCUCUCUCUUUUUUUUUUUUACAUUGAACUAAUAACGUGUUUACAUAUUAAUUAUUUCGCUCUAACUUCGUUAUAAAUGUGUGUGAUACUCUGUGCAGAAAGUUUUUUUUUUUUUAAUUUAUUGUUCAAUGGAUAUCAGAAUAAUUGUAUGUAAUAUGUAGUUAUGAAUAGAGUAAUUUGAUAAUUAUUCGAGGAUUUCCACGAAGAUCUAGUGAAUGUAUGUGUGUAGGUUGUGACUUUCUUUUACUUGGGGCUAGUAUCGAACAAAGCAUCGUUUAUGCAAACUUGUAUAUAAAUUUUCGUUUUUAUAAAUGUAAGAGUUAAAAUUUACAGUUUGUUAUUAGGAUUAACAAGCAAGCAUUUCAACUUGCCAAACGUCUUGCUGAAUUUGUAUAGCACGACCGAAAAAUUGAGAACAGUUUUAAGACGGAUAAAAGUGGAAGUUAUAGAUUCUUAUUAUUAAAAAUGAAUUGCAUAUUUACGUCUCGAUUUUCAAGAACUGUCACGUGAUAAGAAAGAUUUUAUUAUUGCGAAAUAGAGUUUUUUAACUAAGCUCUUGCUAUGGAUAGGCACCAGAAAGACUUUAUAUGUUUAUUUAAAAACAAGACUGAAAAUAAUAUUGUACGAAAGCCAAUUUAUUACGAGGUCUUACAAAAAUAACCUUUCCUUUUUGUUUAACUUUUGUUGUAUCACUUUAUAGUACUAUAGAUUGAUAUAAUACGAGAUAACGCAUUAUAUAAUACUAUAUAAUACAAUGUGACAUGAUUGGAAUAAUGAUUACUUUCAUAAUAUUUAUACAAUUUACAUUGGAUUAUGUGUGAAUUAGAUACAGAAAUGGGUUAGAUAUUUACGUUUUGCUUUUGUAAUACUUUAUCCAUCGCGUUCGAAAAAUGAUGAGUAAAUUAUAUAUGCAUCCGAAUCUUAGUCUGUGAAUAUAUUUUAUAGAUAAGAAUAUUUUAAGAAUACUAGUAACAUUUUUUAAUGUAAUCUGUUUUGCACUUAGGAAAGUAAACGGUAUUAGAAGCGAUAAAUUAUUGGGUACAGUCAUACGGUAUCAAUUUAAACUAAUAUAACUUGUACACUUGUAUAUUGACUUAGAAAGUGAAAUCUAAUCCAUAGUAUGGGAGAAAAAAUAUUAUAGUUGUAAUCUUGUUCGUUAGUGAAAUUUUAACAACCCGUUUGUCUUAAACAUUUCAGCCUUAUUUUGUAAUACCGAUUGAUCGAUGUUAAAUGGUAUUAUACAAAAACUAAUUGCGUUAAUCCAUUUUAAAAAUUUAUUUAUACAUAAAUAUUUUUUUACUUACGUUAACGCAAUUAAAGUAAUUUAAACGAUUUAUACGGGAUAUAAAUACCUUAUAUAUAAAGUACUCUUUUUGAUACAGUCUAAUUAGUUUUUGUAUAAAACUGUAAUUCUUCCCAUACUUCAUUAAUUUACCUGUCCAUAGCACAAGCAGUUUGUUCUUAUUCAUUAUGCGCCCUAUGGAAGACAUUUUUUACGAGUAAAACAAAUAUCUAUUUCACUUAUAAGAUAAGGACACAAGUGAUAAAAAUAUAUUUUACUUACUUCCGUUACAAAAACAGAAACGAAGACUUUUAAUCAUCCUCAAAGCGGGUGAAUCUAAUUGUGUUUCAUUAGAUGUCGGAAAGUUUAAGACUCAUUUUAUGGUUCAUUGUAAUCAUUCACUUGUUUUCAAACGAACUAACGUACAUUACCAUAAAGAGUUCAUUCUUCUGUA